GUUUGAAAAAUGUGGAAAAAAAAUGCAAUGACGUCACUUCCUGGCGGGUGAACAAACCCUAUUGUACAGAUUUUCUGUUUUUAUGAUAUUACUGUUUUAUAAAGACGAGAGCCCCCAGACAUGGAUUCAUCUGGUGAAGACAUAAACGAUAUGGUAAAGAAAGAUGAUGCUCCUAAAGGUCCCUCUGGACAGAAAGAAACCUCGACUGCAGAUAUGCUAAGAAUUAAACAACAAAUGUCAAACCAGUGCUUUGAGAUGGAAGUACACCUUAACGCAGUUUCUGUUGCAGGGAAAAACAGACGAUCUUGCAGCACUUCUGAAGCAGAACGAGACUACUCGGACCACAUAAGUGAGCUUGAAAGAGUAAAGACACUCCGAUUUAACCAGACUUUGGCUCUGCACAGAAUGCAGAUGUGGCAUGCUAUGGAAGAAAAAAUAAAAACCAAUGAUCCGGAGGCAGAUGCUCUAAGAGCUGUCAACCAACGCUGCAUGGCGCUGUGCUGCCGAAUAAAACAGAUUCAGCAGGAGACAAGACUUUUACAAGAUGAAAUAACAGAACUACAAAAGAAGAGACUCGAGAUGAAACGCCUCACACACGAGAAAAUGAAGGAAAUGGAAGACUUGAUGUCCCGGAAGGAGCACCCAGAUACAGAAAAGUACAAAGCUGCAUUGGAGAAGGGCCAAACAAACCUGGAAAAAUAUAAAAAGAUGUCAAUCAUGGCACAGAAUGUCCUCAGGGGCCUCCUCUUGGCAUGUAAAAUCAACUGGCUGGAUGAUCCCAAACUUCGACACGUUGCAAUGACACUGGAGGAGUUCCCUAUUACUGACUGAAAAAGGCAUCUAGUCCACUGUAUCUAUUUAUCUAUUAUUUUAUCAAUAAAUUACACAACUGUUAAAAUCG